AUGAUUUUUGAAGGGAUGAAGUUUGAUGUAAUGAAAAUGAGCAGCAAUGUUAUUGCGGCAUAUCGUAAAGCAUUCCCGGAAAAUGCUAUCAUGACAAGCACGGAUGAUGCCGUCGAGAGGAUUUCUGAUCUUUUGAACUCAAUAGAAGGGCUGAAAAAAAUUACGCAGGAAGAAAAAUUGCUACUACUGAAGCAAGGAUUCACGUUAGCAAUGGUAAAACAGUUUUGA